AUGUAUAAAGAGCCCGCAACUCAACGAAAAAGGCGCCUUGAACGAGCUCGUAUAAAGUAUCAAGAAAAGAAGGCUAACGAGGGCUCAAAAGCUAAACGGGCAAGAUUAUAUAAAAAUCGCCAAGCCCAAAAAAAAUUAAGAGCUGAAGAAACGCCAUCAAUGAAAAAUAAACGCCUUUUACAACAACGCGAAAACAGGAUUAAACAACGGGACAAAGAAACUCCAGAAAGCGGAGAAGCCUGGAGGCAAGCGGAACAUGAACGAUAUUUACAACGCGCCGCUGCAGAAAAUCCAGAAAGCAGAGAAUCCCGGAAGCAAGCGGACCAUGAACGGUAUCUACAACGUUGUGCAGCACAGACUCCCCAAGAUCGAGAAGCCCAUCUGGAAAAUAUACGCAGACAGCGGCUGGAACGUUCAGCAAGCGAAAUAGAGUUUGAAAAAGCAAUUAACACAUUUUGUGAUCAAUUUUGUGAAGUUUGUACAAAACGAUGCUACCCUAACCAGGUUUCAAUAUUAAAAUUUUCUAAUUAUAAACCUAAUUAUUUGCCAAUUGAAUUAUUCCAAAAAAAACAACUAUUACUUUGUCAUCGCUGCAAAACUCAUCUGUCUAGUCGAAAAACUACUGCACCUCCAAAAGCAUUUUGGAAUAAACUUGAUCCUGGCGUUAUACCAAAUGAAAUCCACCUUCUUUCACGGGCAGAAAAACGAUUACUGUCGAGAAUAAUACCAUUUGUAAAAAUUAUUAAGUAUGAUGGCUUAUAUGGACAGUGGGGUUUCAAAGGCCAGGCAGUUCUUUUUGCACUAGACAUUUUUGAAUUCAUUGAAAAAUUACCGGAAAUGCUGCCAAGGUCAACCCAUGAAGCGGGUAUUAUCGUAGUUACUGAACGUCUGGAAAAUCUAAACAUUACUAGACAAUGGUCAAUAAAUCUUGGUAAUGACAAUUCAAUUGACUCUAUUAUUCCUAAAAAUAACGACAAAACUGGAGGUUUGCCAAAGGAAAUCGAAAUUUUCGUAGGGGCUAAAGUUAUGCUUAGAACAAACUUAAAUGUAUCUCAAGGACUUGUAAAUGGUGCAAUUGGAAAUAUCACAGAGAUUAACUGGCCCAAUUUUGCUAGAGAUCAACUUUAUGAUGAAUGUAUACCAAAAUCAAUUCGCGUCGACUUUGGAAGAGAUGGUAUCCAUAAAAUAGAGCCCAUAUCUAUUCAGUUUCCUGCGAUGCGCAGUUAUGGUACUGCUGAGCGUAGAAUGUUGCCAGCAUAG